AGGCCGAUAAACAGCUGGCCAGGCGAUAGCAAAUUUUUUAUUUUUAUUGCAAAUUUCUUUGUUAAAUUUAGAUAAAUGUUAAUAUAACAAGAAACUAUCAUGGAAACAGCGGAGGCAGCUAGGCCGGCUAAUGCAGAGAGUCAAGCGAAGACGGAAAACGGGAAUUCAGACCGGGAAAACCACAAUUCUGAGGAGAAAUCAAGUGAAGACGUGGAACUGAAGGCGGAUUUAGUGGAGCAGCAGCUGGAAGAAAGCGAUGUGAAAUCCGAAACUGCUGCAAGCGAACCGGAAUUCAAGGAUGCGACGAAAAUGGAAGAUAAUCUGAAGAUGGCCGUCCUUGACCAAGUGCCAGUCGAAGAAGGAACUGCAGAACUCACCCUGCGAUUCAAGGAUCUGCAGGCGCAGGAAAAGGAGGAGGAACUGGACGCCAAUCACUCGAAACCUAGGCAGAACGACAUCCUCUCCCACGUUCACUGCCUUGCCCAACUGGAAGAGCAGCGUCGCAGCUACGAGCAGCAGUUGGAGCAACUUCGGACAUCCAAUAGCCAAAAGGACAACAUGAUAACCCUUAUCCAGCGGGAGAACGCCAUUCUGGACAAGGAGAAGCAGGCGUGCCGCAAGGAAAUGGACAUGGCAAACAAGGAGAAAGAAGCGACCGUCAUCAAGUUUGCCAUGAAGGAGAAGCUUCUUAUUGAUGCCAAGAAGGCAAAGGAGGCUGUGGAGAAGCAGUUGGCCGAGGCCAAAAAGGAGGUUAAGAACAUGACCACCAGAUUCCAGGCCGUAAACGAGGAGAAGUCCCGAAUGACAUACGUGAUCGAUGAGAAGUGCAACGAAGUAAGGAAGUAUCAGCGGGAGUGCGAAAAGUACAAAACCGAAAUGGGUCACUUGGAGUCAAAGCUGAAGUACCACAUCAAUAAGCUAGGCUAUGAGACAGAGGCCAAAGCGGUUCUUGAACGCAAGCUGGAGGAGGAACGGAAUGCUCCCAAUAAACUGGAGGAGAAGGCAAAUGAGAAACUCAAAGUGGAAUUUGAAGCCAACACAAUACUCCUAAAACAUGAGAUCACUAGCAAGACUGAGGCUCUGGAUAAAGUCACUAAGGAGCAGCAGAAACUAAGCGAAGCCAACAGGGAAUUCCAGCAGCAGCUUCAGGAGAUUACAACAUCGCAUAACCAACUCACUGAAGAACUAAACCAAUUAAGGGAGCAACACAAUUCCGUGGAGGCUUCCUACAGCGAUGAGCUGCUCAACUCCGCUAAACUGAGAGGGCAGCUCGAAGAGCUUCAGCUCUUGCGCACGCAGAAUACCAUCAACGAGGAAAAGUUAGCAGAUGAGCAAUCGCGAGUCCAACAACUGGAAGCCUUGGUCCAAGACAACGAAUCCGAUUUGGAACAGCUGAAAGUUAAGAAUAAAGAGCUGCUCAGCAUUAACAAGGAAAUGAGUGAGCUGAUUGUGCGUCUGCAGAACGAUAUUUGUCUGGCAGAGUCCAAGGCCCUUGGCUUGGAAGCGGAAAAUAAGCUACUGAAGCAGGAGAAGCUCAGCUACGACUCCAAAUACAAUCAACUGGAGCAACAGCUUAGUUCGGAGGCGGCAGAGAAGAACGAGGAGCGUCUGCUGUUGGCCAAGCACUUAUCCGAGAAAACUAAGCUCUAUGAGCUGACCAAGCAGAAGCUGGAGAAUGUCCAGGGAGACUACGAGGCCACCCAGCACAAGCAUGCAACCUUGGUGAAGGAGCUGCAGCGGGAGCUGAACAAGUACAAAAGGGGAAUUCCUGAACCCAAAACCAUGCCCAUUAGUUACUGUAGCAAUUGCCAGCAGGCGAUAAAUGGCGGCUACCCAACCGAGAAUCCUCAACAGCAGCGUAGCCAUAGUCGGUCCAGUAGCCACGGCAGCCUGCACAGCAGCAGCCGGCGGGCUAGCGAGUCUUCCGAAUCUGAAACCGUAGCCAGUAGCGCCACCACAGUACAACCUCCGCCAGCUCCACAGCAGGAUCUGCAGGCAGUGCCGUCCAAGAAAGUGCUCGUUGAGCGGAUACUGCGACUCCAACAGGCCACCGCUCGCCAAACAGAGCGCAUAGAGUUUCUGGAGAACCACACGGCUGCGCUCGUGGCCGAAGUGCAAAAGAAGUCUAAGGUGGUGCAGCACUACAUGCUCAGGGACCAGACCGCCGGCGCUCUCACCACCUCCCGCAGCGAUCAGAACAAGAGCGAGCUGGUCAAGUACGGAAACGGCAUCAUGGCGGCCAUAUACGGAGGAUCCUCGAAAGCGGGUGGCGAAAGCAAAGCCAUGUCCCUCGAACUUUCGCUGGAGAUUAACAAGAAGCUACAGACAGUGCUGGAGGACACACUGCUGAAGAAUAUCACGCUCAAGGAGAACCUGGACGUGCUGGGCCUCGAGGUGGACAACCUGACGCGGAAGUUGCGCACCAUGGAGGCCUGCAGCAGCAAGUGAUGCCAGUAUUCCCAUUCAUUGUAUUCCAUUCCAGAGUCUAACCCUUGUACAUAUACUUUUCGUAUACCUUUUGUGCUUAAGUUUAUGUGUAAAUUAAAUGUAUUUAAUAUUUUAA